AUGAGUGCAAGCAACUUUGGGGACAGCAUGGAGUGGGGCAGGGGGAGAUCCUCCUCCUCGUCGUCGGGGUCGGGGUCGGGGUCCAGGAGGGGCAAGAGAGCUGCCGCCGUCGAGAAGCCGAGGCAGCCGCAGCGGGGCCUCGGCGUCGCGCAGCUUGAGAAGAUCAGGUUGGAGGCCGAAAUGGCCGCGUACCAGAACCACCCUCCUCUCGUCGGACAGCCACCUCCGUCGUCGUCGAUCCACGGAACCGGUAGCUUCAACCUGCAGGAAGAUGCACGGUCGUCGUUGAACUACUCACUGCCGUCUUCGCCGUCCUCCUCCUUCCAUGCUAACAACACCAACGUUUCAUCGACCUACCCGUUCUAUCCAAAUCUUAUGAUGGCCUAUAAUGGAUGGAGAUCAGGAGACAUGAGAUAUGGCGAAUCCCCAACUACUCCCAUCAUCAGAUCAGCGUCGAAUUACCAUGGAGCAACUACCUAUGGUGCAACACAUUACCCUCAUUCGGGUAGCGACCACACUUUGCCUCUCUUCGAACCUGAGCUAGACCUAAAUCAAAUGGCGACAGUAGACUCAUCGUCGGCGAGUACGAACCUGGAUGAUGUGGACCUUGAGCUCAAGCUAUGA